AUGAGGAGGCUUUCGUUUUCCUGUAAGAGAAGAGGCCAAGAAGAUAAUGAUGCUAUUGCUUCUGGAGCUGAGGAGGAGAAUGUGGUUGCCAGGUUUGGUUCUGAUGAAGAAAGUGGCAUCCGAAUUCCUACCCAAGCGCAGUCCCUUGUUGAAGGUUCUACUACAAUUAUGAUGUCAGAGCCUAAACCUGUCCCUGAUGUAGACUAUCUACAGGAGCUGCUAGCCAUUCAACAACAAGGGCCUAGAUCUAUCGGUUUCUUUGGAACGAGGAAUAUGGGCUUCUUGCAUCAGGAACUCAUUGAGAUUCUGAGUUAUGCUUUAGUUAUAACAAAGAACCAUAUAUACACCUCAGGUGCCUCUGGCACUAAUGCUGCUGUUAUUCGAGGGGCGUUGAGAGCAGAGAAACCAGAAUUGCUCACAGUGAUUCUUCCACAGAGUUUGAAAAAGCAACCGCCAGAAAGCCAGGAACUGCUUGAAAAGGUACAGAAUGUGAUCGAAAAGCCUUACAAUGAUCACCUGUCGUUGGCCGAAGCUAGCAGGCUGUGCAAUAUGGACAUAAUCUCACAAGUACAGCAAGUGAUUUGCUUUGCAUUCCAUGAUAGCCGAUUGCUAAUGGAGACCUGCGAAGAGGCCAAGAGUAUGAGGAAAAUUGUGACUCUGUUUUACCUGGACUAA